CGUCGCGUAUGUGUGUGUGUGUAUACGUGAACGCGGCGGCGGCGACGACGACAACGACGGCGACGACGACGACGACGCUCUCACACACAUACAGUCACUGUAGUCUGUACUCCGUAGCUCACGCGCACACAUACAGUGUAUACACACCGUAAGACCACAACUCGGUUCUCCCGCACACACACAAUCGCGCACACGAAUGCACCAACGAGCACACGGGCGCACGCACACGCUCUCGCGGUACGGGUCGGCGGCGAAACAAAAGAAAGGAGGCACAAGGCAGCUGCUGCUGGUCAUGAACGACGACGGCGGUGAAGUCGCACGAGCAUUUUAUUUCUCUUCUCUCGGCAAACGUCUACUCACUCGCUCGCACUCUCUCUCUCUCUCGCCGACGACGACUCUCAAUCCCUCUCACGCGCCGUCUCUCUCGUACACUCACUCUCUCUCUGUGUCUGUCGCACGCACGCACCGUAGCGCCACACAAAGUCUCCCCGCCGCGCCCCACACUGACCACCGUCGUCUCUCGAUACCGCCGCUGCUGCCUACUACUACUACUACUACUACUACUAUUACUAUAUACUACUACAAUAAUUAUUUUACUACAAUAAAAUACUACUACCACUACCACCCCACGCUCGACCGAGUGCCGAGAGUCCGCAUGAGCGCUCUCACUCACCCAUACUACGAUUGUCGGUGGCUACGGCGACGGCGAACGACGGAGCGCGACGACAACGACCAUUAAUGAAAAAAUAAAAAUAAUGCAGACAGGGUCGCAGGCAUCGCACCGACGACUCGACGGCGCCCCUCCAACCAAUACUGCGUCCCGGAACCGGUCACGUGACGCCCCGGACAACUACAGUGAGAACUGAGAACAGACGAACGCACCGACGCAAACAGGCAUGCGGGACGUUCGGUGUGUGGGACAUCGCCGCCGUCGUCGUUAGGCGAACGUGUGUCGUUUUUUGCUGUUUCUUUACACGCGAAUUUUAUGUUUUUUUUUUUUUUUUUGUUCCGAUUUCAGUCGCCGGACCCAGCCCGGCCGUCCGCACCCUACCGAGGCCUCUAUACAAAGACUGUACACGAUUUUUUCCCGUCUACUUUUACCUGAAACAUUUACUCGUUGCCGAUGACGUUAGACACGUCGUCGAGGAUAAUGUAUUGCUUAUCAUUAAAAUUAUUCAAGAAUACAAGAAAAUAAUGACAUGACUAUAAUUUUUUCCUACAAUGAACAUAGACAAAUUAAACUACCAAUGUUCUUACAUAAAAUGUGUUUUGGAAAGUCUCUUAUUAUCUGUGAUUUAUGUGUCCAGUUUAUAUGUAUGGAAUUCACAACACUCUAGAGAUCAUCCUUCAACUAUAAAGAAAAGAUUUAUUAGUGUAUCAUUCAUGCUAAUAUUUUCACCUUUAUAUACAUGGUAUUUCAUUAAUGACAAAACUAAAGUACCUAUUUGGUAUUGGUUGGGUUUGAAAUGGAACGGAAUAUUUAUGUCUGCUGUAUCUUCACUUUUUUUAACAUGUAUAUUAUUCCUGGGUCCAAUAUGUUUAAUUUUUUGUAAAAACAUUCAAUUAAAGACUAUCAUUAGUAUUGAAAAUAUAAAAUCAAAAGUAACAGAUUUAAUUUGGCUCAGAAAUUAUGUGGUGGCACCAAUGUCUGAAGAAUUUACUUUUAGAGCUUGCAUUAUACCUCUUCUACUUCAAUGCUUCCAGCCAAUGACCACUAUUUUCAUUUGUCCCAUAUUUUUUGGAGCCGCUCAUUUCAAUCAAUGGAUAGAAAGAAUGCACGCUGGUAUACCAUGUUUAGAUGCUUUUAUUAUGUCAGUGUUUCAGUUCAUGUACACCACAAUAUUUGGAGCCUAUUCAGCAAUGCUAUUCAUAUCUACUGGGAAUGUUAUAGGACCAAUUAUAGCUCAUAAAUUUUGCAAUCAUAUGGGAUUUCCUGACUUUCGAGAAAUGUUUCAAUUUCAAGAACCAAAACGUAGCUGUUUACUAGUUCUUUCAUUAGUUGGGUUAAUACUGUGGUGCAUAUUAAUUAAAUAUAUUACUGACCCACAGAUAUAUUCUAACCAAAUGGAUUGGACUGAAAUGAAUCAAUGUAAUACAAUAAACUCAAGCAAUAAUUUUGAGCAAAAAUUUUUGUAAAAUUGUAAAUACAAAAACCUUUAUUUACAUAUACACAAAAAGAGAAUAUUAUGUAC